AUGGCAACUUUCGCUAAAUCCUCCUUUGACAGUGCCAUCUAUGCGACUUUCAGACCGACUUACCCUAGGUCCCUGUUUGACUUCAUAUUCCGGUACCACGAGCUCAAUAAGGGUGCAAGAUGGGAUAGAGCAGUCGACCUCGGUUGUGGGACGGGUCAAGCAACAGUCGAGCUUACACCCUUCAAGAGUGUCAUUGGCGUCGACCCAAGUUCUAAGAUGAUCGAAAUCGCUCAAAGUACCCUCAAAAACACGCCAGCGAAUACUGGUCAAUAUGAGUACGCACAGGCGAGCGCAGAGAAUCUGACAUUCUUGGAGGAUAGCAGUGUGGAUCUAGUCAUUUCUGCCCAGGCGUGCCAUUGGUUCGAUUGGAAUAAAAUGUGGCCUGAGCUCGCAAGGGUGCUGAAGAGGAAUGGAAGUGUUGCAUUCUGGGGUUACUCCCAGCUCCGUUUUGCCCGCUAUCCGUCACUCACGCCAAGGAUCAACGCUUACGUCGAAGGCACGGACCCGCUGAACAGCAUUGGCCCAUACUGGGAGCAACCUGGUCGUUCGAUUUUAGAUAACCACUUGAUUGAGGUGCCAGAUGGCAAUGAAGUUGUACCUGGCGCGCUCAGUAAUUUCGAGAGAGUCUUCUUCACAGGCGACUACUAUCCAUCUCUCCCCUCCCCACGCUCUGUGAUCAUGCGCAAGAAGAUGACAUGGGACGGCUUGCUAUCAUAUUUUAAUACCUGGAGUGCAUUGCACACGUUCCAUCAGCACAACCCCACGGAUGGGGAGAACCCGCAUGGAGAUGUUGCAGUGCGGUUCUGGAAAGACCUUAAGGAUCGUGUCGAACAGGAGGAUGGGAGAGUGGUGGAAGGACAUGAUGAAGUAGACAUUGAAUGGCCGUUGGCGGUGGUCAUGGCCAAGAGAGCGCAAUAG